AUGCAUCUGCGUACAUUUUGUACUCAAUCUUUUCAAUCAACCAGUUCAAUGCACGUUUAUAAUCUUGAAUCCGUAAUGCAACCAUCAAUUCAACUCGGUAAAUCUGUUGCAAUAUUAACAAGUGAUAAUGGACCUGAUUGGUCAGGCAAAUGUCCGUGCAAUAUAUUUAAUUAUGGUGAAUUAUGGAAAGAAUUAAAACUAGAUGCUAUGAUUUUAAACAGUUACACAUCUAGUAAUAGUCGAUACAAUCCUGUCGAAAGAUCAAUGUCACCAUUAUCAAACUGGCUGGUUGGCCUUACAUUGAAACGACAGUAUGAUCCAAAUGCAACUGAACCACACAAUUUAGAUGACUCACUUAUUUGUUUAAAUCGUUAUUGGGACAAACGAACGUAUGCUAAUUUUCAACUGGAGUGCCAAUCUAUACUAUCAUAUAAUACAAUAUGUGCUUUUCAUUCCAAAAUUUGA